CCAGAGGCUCCGAGCCACAGCCCUGUGGCCGAGUGGGAGAUUUCCAGACUAGCUCAGUUCCCCAGCCGGAGAGCCCUUUCCUGGGCCCCCAGCACUCCCUUCUCCCCCUCCAGGGGCCCCAGAGCCUGCGGGCUCGGGGUUUGCUCCUGAGCUGCCCGGGCUCCGCGCUCCCACUGAGCCGAGUUUCGAUUUAGCUGACGAAGCUGCGCCCAUUGGACGGGGCGGAGUCAGACCGACCUCACCCACAGCUGGGCGCCGGGCCUCCCCCUGCUCGGCCUCCACCGGCUUCCCGCUGACUUCCUGCCUCCGGGAAUAUUCGUGCUGCUCCGGGAUCUUCGGUCGGGGCCCAGGAAGCCCAGGAAUCCCCCAAGUGCCAAGGAAGUGACAUCCGCACCCUGAAGAUUCUGACCUGGAGAGAACAGAGAUGCAGCCAGAGCCCAAACCUGGAGACCUGAUUGAAAUUUUCCGAACAUGCUACCGUCAUUGGGCUGUUUAUGUGGGUGAUGGCUAUGUUGUCCACCUGGCACCUCCAAGUGAAUAUGCUGGGGCUGGGGCUUCCAGCGUCAUGUCAGCCCUGACGGAUAAAGCCAUGGUGAAGAAGGAAUUGCUCUGCGUGGUGGUUGGAAGAGACAAGUACCAGGUGAAUAACAAACACGACAGCAGGUACCAGCCACUGCCACCCAACAAGAUUGUCCAGCGGGCUUUGGAGGAGGUAGGGAAGGAGGUCCUCUACAAACUGACCAGCGAGAACUGUGAGCACUUUGUGAAUGAGCUGAGAUAUGGAAUCCCUCGAAGUGACCAGGUCAGAGAUGUCCUCGUGGGAGCUGGGAUAGCUGGAGGUUUGGCUGUUGCUGGCCUCAUUGGUGUGAUGUUUUCAAGAAACAGACGACAAACCCAAUAAGACAGCCACUCAAGUUACGGUAGCUUGGCUGUGCCACAGGUUAUAUUGUGCAAUGUGACUUUCAGUGCCUUACUGCUUUUAAUAAAGUAAGAUGGUUUUACUACCAAAAACAAAAGAUGCACUGGGGAAUGGCCCGGGAUGAGUCGGCUCCAAGCUCUCCCUCCUGGUUUAGAGUGAAAACUGAAUUAUCUUCCACAAAUCUUUCCUGAUUCUAUGCCAGCCCAGUCUCUCCUUCGUGUCCUUGGAGGAAAAGAAUAAUAACUGGUCCCCAGACUGUAUCUCAUACACCUUAAUCACAGAACUUGGAGCUGGAAGGGCCCUGAGUGAUUGAUGUUCUGGUCCUAAUCCCUCAUUUGAGAGAGGAGGGGAUAGAGAGGUUGUGAUUUGCCUAAGGUCACACAGUAGGACAGGUUCAGAACUGGUUUGAUUUGGGGUCCUCUGGUAGCAAAUUCAGUGCCUUCUUCACAAUGCCCAGCUGCCUCUUGGUAUACCCGAUGGCAUUGUUACCUUUAUUGUCACAAAGACCAGAAUUCCCUGCCUCCCACAGUGAUUUCGAAAACAACCCAACCCCUACAAAGAAGCACAUUUUAUCCAAAUGUCUGGAUUUAUAGAAUUCCGGUGAUGGGGUAGGGGAAGGGAGGGAAGAGAAUGUCAAGUGUUCUAUUUUCGGGUCCAUAGAUGGGAUCUUGGGACAAGACCUUUCUAGGUGGCAGGGUUUCUCUCUGUCCAGCUACCCAUAGACUUCCUGUGGCGAGCUACUGAGAAGGGAACUGGGCGUGCCAGUCUCUCUCUCCACCAGACCAGAAGCCUCCAACUCUCCCUUGGUCUUCAGGCUCAGGUGCACGGUGACUUUAGUAGGGCCAUGCUCAGUCAGUCUUACAGCUGGGUGAAGAUGGAAAAGAACUCUUUUCACCCCAUGUGAUUCGAGGGGCGUCAGAGAAGGACUCCAGUAUAUCAACGGACGAAUCUGGCUGAAAUUCACCAUUAGAGAUUGACCCAAAUGCCGGAAUUCUCCUGUAUCUCCCCCCUUUACCAAAUUGCAAAGCUACAGGUAAUAUUUGUUUCCUAAGCUCUUACCAGUCGUAUCUGAGAUCCUGUCUGGCCAAUCUCAGGAAAGGGGGUAGAGUAUAGGAAGGUCUGGGUGGUGCUUUUGAGACAGGUAAGAAGACAGGCCUGAAGCAUGGGUUGCUGCUGAGAAAAGCUGGCCUGGAUUAGAGUGGAAUGGAGGGCAGUUGGGAGAGAUUCUGAAGAAUGGGCCUGGGGGAGAAAGAGAGAGACCGAGCAGUUCUUUGAUGCUACUUAAAGUGAGAAUCCAUUUGGUUUGAGAGAGAAGUCACUCUACUCGGGCGGUCUCCUUUUUACAGCCCUUGGGGUAAAUGGACAAUGGUGGCACCCAGUGUGGGAACCAGAUGAGGAGUUGGAAGAACCAGCUUUGCCACUAUGUGACCUUGGGCAAGUCAUUUGCCCUCUGUGCCUCUGUUUGCUUUUCUUUCAUUUGAGAACAAAAGCACUUUCCCUACUUCUUCCCCAGCUGUGCCUUAAGGCUGAAAUGAGAUGAUAGUGUGUGUGAAGAUGCUUGAAAAGUAUAAAUUAUUAUAUGAAUAAGGGAUUUUUAAUGUUUCUUAAUAAAACUUUACCUGU